UGUGUCAUACCCGCAUAGUUCAAUUGAAAGCUGCUCGGAUCAAGUUGGUUCUGGAACUGAACCCAGUACUCCAAUAAACAUUACAUUAAACAAAUUGUAGAUUGCAAGAGCCCGUGUUUAAUUGAUUCCUUAAUUAUAGAGCACCUUAACUUAAGAACCAGCUGAAUGGUGCAAAGGUCAAACCAAGCGAAUAAACUACGAAUAACCACAACGACCGCAGCAGCUGUUUUGCCUUUGACAUAGCAGCUAAAUUGAUGCAAAUCUGGCACACACAGGCAUCAGCAGCAGUGGCAGCAUGCGACGCAACAACUAUCCCUAUCAGCCCCUAAGUCAGAAUCCUGGACCCAGUGCGCCCGCCACUCACGAUGCCCUCGAGGCGGAAAACGAACGCGCGGCCGAGGAGCUGCAGCAGAAGAUCGGCGCACUGAAAUCCCUGACCAUAGACAUUGGUAACGAAGUGCGCUACCAGGAUAAACUGCUACGCGGCAUCGACGACGACAUGGAUCGCACUGGCGGCUUUCUGGGCAACACAAUGACACGCGUUGUGCGGCUGGCCAAGCAGGGCGGAGGCUCCAAGCAAAUGUGUUAUAUGUUCCUCUUUGUGCUGUUCGUUUUUGUGCUGCUCUGGCUGACGCUCAAGUUCAAGUAGUGUGACCGUAUGUUAAUUUUAUACAAAAAUAUAUAUUUUUAGAUACCCUACAAAAUGUGGUUCACAUAGGCAAAUGCGGAAAUCUGUGCAAUCGACGAUUCGGAUUGCAAUUCCUUCGCCGAAGUCAACAGAUUGAUAAACAUAUCCAUAUUAUAUACAUUGUAGAUAGAUUGGUUCAUUGUUUAAUAGACUUCAUUUACCAAAUUUACAAAUGA